UUUUGACCUUAAUCCCUCAAUCACCGAACUUCUAUAUGCAGACAAUUUCAGUUCACGAUUCCAUAAGUUGAAGCAAGCAAGGACUCUUAUUUAUCGUUGACCAUCCCCCUUUAAGUCUGUCAGCCAGCCAUGUCACUCGACCAAGUACUGCCAAAGUCAACCUCGCCCUACAUCAUCGACCAGAAAGUCAUUUCUUAUGGCAAAUAUCAAGGCCUGGCAACAGUUACCUACAUCGAUCCAAGAGACGAAACAAAGACGCCAAGGGAUCGUGAUUUUAUUUUUCUAGUUAAUCGCCCUCGAGACGAGCCUGUCGGAACCUUGAUGCCAAAUAUAUACAAGGACGACGAUGGCCGAUGGUGUACAAUCCUAGUACAACAGUUCCGCCCACAAUACGAUGGGGAUACAAUGGAGUUCCCUGCCGGCUUUAUUAGUCGCCGCGGCGGGGAAACAGCGGAGCAAGCAGCUGUGAGGGAAAUGGAGGAAGAGACGACAAAGACUGGCAAGGUUAUUGCGAAGAGUCCACGGCUCACCUCAGAGCCAGUACCUAUAGCCGCUCUGCUCACUGGAGUCUUUCUGCACGCGGAAGACAAGAAGGGCGAAGAGGCCGGCAAGCAGAGAUUGGACAAGGGGGAAUUCACUGUGGAGUGGAAAGUCCCGCUGAUCGAGCUUGAGGACCGACUCCAGGAAUUUGAGAAAGAUGGAAUUGUGGUGGACCCCCGGAUCUGGACCUUUGCCAUAGGAAUACGGUGUGCUUUGACACUUUCUUUAUAGACUUGUACCUCAAUAAGCUAAAAGAGGAAAUGUUGAGAC